AGACGGUAUCUUAGGUUCUCAUGUCAUGUUGCGUUAGUUCCAACUUCCAGUAUCGUGACAAAACCUUCACCACUAGCAUCUCCUCCAUUUCAGAUACUCUCUCUCUCUACUUCUCACCCAAUUUGCAUACUCAAACACAAUCACUCAAUUUCUCUUCAAUUCUCUAUCUAAUCUCAGAUAGAGAACACAAAAGCGGUUGCUUCUCUGAAUGUUAAGUUAGUUACAUGGCUACUUCAUCAUCUUCCACCGCUUCUCUCUGUUUUCCGGCCACUUCUGCUGCCGGAACUCGUAGUUCUUUUCAUACUACUACCAGUACGUUGUUACGGUGUCGCCGGAGCCGUCAAUUGACUCGAUUGAAGGUUCGCAAGGCCGUAAUUCGGUCAGAUUUGGACAGAGAUGUUUCGGAUAUGAGAACUAAUGCUCCAAAAGGAUUAUUUCCACCGGAACCUGAACAUUAUCGGGGACCUAAAUUGAAAGUGGCUAUCAUAGGUGCUGGCCUUGCUGGCAUGUCAACCGCGGUGGAGCUUUUAGAUCAAGGGCAUGAGGUGGAUAUAUACGAGUCAAGGACCUUUAUCGGUGGAAAAGUCGGUUCAUUUGUUGAUAAACAAGGAAACCACAUUGAAAUGGGACUCCAUGUUUUCUUUGGUUGUUACAAUAAUCUUUUCCGUCUUCUGAAAAAGGUUGGUGCUGAGAAGAAUCUUCUAGUCAAGGAUCAUACUCACACUUUUGUAAACAAAGGAGGAGAACUUGGCGAACUUGAUUUUCGUUUUCCUGUUGGAGCACCAUUACACGGGAUUAACGCAUUUUUAACUACAAAUCAGCUUAAGACAUAUGAUAAAGCCAGAAAUGCUGUUGCACUUGCUUUAAGUCCAGUUGUGAGGGCACUUGUUGACCCAGAUGGAGCGAUGACACAAAUACGGAACCUCGAUAACAUUAGCUUCUCUGAAUGGUUUAUGUCUAAAGGGGGAACCCGAACAAGUAUUCAAAGAAUGUGGGACCCUGUUGCUUAUGCUCUUGGAUUUAUUGACUGUGAUAAUAUCAGUGCACGGUGUAUGCUCACCAUUUUUUCGUUAUUUGCCACCAAGACAGAGGCCUCACUGUUACGUAUGCUUAAGGGUUCUCCUGAUGUCUACCUAAGUGGUCCUAUCAGAGAUUAUAUUAUAGAAAAAGGAGGAAGGUUCCAUCUCAGAUGGGGGUGCCGAGAGAUUCUUUAUGAGAAAUCAGCUAAUGGAGACACAUACGUUACAGGGCUUGCUAUGUCUAAGGCUACUCAAAAGAAAAUUGUGAAAGCAGAUGCAUAUAUAGCAGCAUGUGAUGUCCCUGGUAUCAAGAGACUUUUGCCUUCUAAUUGGAGGGAAUGGGAAUUCUUUGACAAUAUCUACAAAUUAGUUGGUGUUCCCGUUGUGACCGUGCAACUUCGGUACAAUGGCUGGGUAACAGAAUUGCAGGAUCUAGAACGAUCUAGGCAAUUGAGGCAAGCUGCAGGGUUGGACAAUCUCCUUUAUACCCCUGAUGCAGAUUUUUCCUGUUUUGCUGACCUGGCACUGGCUUCACCUGAAGAUUAUUAUAUUGAGGGACAAGGCUCAUUGCUCCAAUGUGUGUUGACUCCAGGAGACCCGUACAUGCCUUUACCAAAUGAAGAAAUUAUAAGCCGUGUUUCUAAACAGGUUUUGGCUUUAUUCCCGUCUUCCCAAGGUCUGGAAGUUACUUGGUCAUCUGUGGUCAAGAUUGGUCAAUCAUUGUACCGAGAGGGACCCGGUAAAGAUCCAUUUAGACCUGAUCAGAAGACACCGGUGAAGAACUUUUUCCUGGCGGGUUCAUAUACAAAACAGGAUUAUAUAGAUAGCAUGGAAGGAGCAACGUUAUCAGGCAGGCAAGCUUCUGCGUUUAUAUGUGAUGCAGGUGAAGAACUUGCAGCUUUAAGGAAGGUACUUGCUGCCAUUCAAUCCAUAGACAACGUUGGAGUUGAUGAGCUGAGUCUUGUUUGACAAGAUGCGGGUUAAUAGUGUAAGUGAUUGGGGGGAUGUAAGAUAAUACAUUAUUAAUUUGUCAUUUAAAUUACAAAAAUAUGGAUUCCUUCUUCCCUGCUAUCCCAACUCCAUCUCUCACUAUCCUCAUCUCUUAUCUCAUGCUACACAUGAUACAUACGCUCUUACACGCCAGAUACUGUAAAUGGCUCCUCUGACUUGACCGUUUUUAUUUUUACAACUGUGAAUGUUUUUAUUAACCUUACUAGGAGAGGGGUUCUCUCCUAUUUCGCA